AUGGCAAGGAUCUCAACUGUCGGUGAAGGCAGUUGGGAGUUUCUCAGAAAAGAGCAGAUUGCCCAAAGCAAUGAAGAAAAUGAUUAUACUGAAGACGAUGAUGAUGAUGAUGAUGACUGGGAGAGAAUGUAUGACGAUGAAUAUGAUGAUCUUAUUCAAAAAUUCGGCAAUAGCAGUAAGUUACUUACUGAUUCGGUGAAUGCUGUUUCAAAAGUAACUACGGGUCUCACUGGUUUGAAUGAGUUCUGGAACCGGAAGCUAAUGGAAGAAUUUUCCCCGAUGAAGGCCGUAGGUAAGGAUCGAUCUGACCGAGCAACUGCAGAACAGGUUCUGGAUAAACGCACAUUGCUUGUGUUAAGACGACUUUUGCAACGAGAUAUUUUUAAUAAAAUUGAAGGAUGCGUUAGUACUGGUAAAGAGGCAAAUGUUUAUCAUGCUUUAACAACUAAUGGCAAAAGUCUGGCCGUGAAGGUAUAUAAAACAAGUAUACUCAUCUUUCGAGAUCGUGACAGAUAUGUUAGUGGUGAAUUCAGAUAUCGACAUGGUUAUUGUAAGCGUAAUCCAAGAAAAAUGAUCACGGUGUGGGCAGAAAAAGAAAUGAGGAAUCUGUCCCGAAUGUAUUCUGCUGGACUCCCAGUUCCAAAACCUGUAAUCGUUAAGCAGAAUGUUUUGGUUAUGGAUUUUAUUGGUAUCAAUGGCUGGCCGACAGUACUUUUAAGAGAUGCUCAACUGUCACUUGAACUUGCUGAUAUGCUUUAUGUCAAAUUAGUGGGCUUUAUGCGGAAAAUGUAUAGAGAUUGUCGAUUGGUACAUGCUGAUUUAUCUGAAUAUAAUAUUAUGGUUAUGGAGGAAAAAUUAUAUAUAAUUGAUGUAUCACAAGCAGUGGAACAUGAUCAUCCACGUUCGCUGGAAUUUCUUCGUUCAGACUGCUCAAAUGUCACAAAAUUUUUCAGAAGUAGAGGUAUUCCUGUGCUCUCUACCAGAGAUCUUUUUCGUUUGGUGGCUGAUCCAUCCAUUAAAACAGAAAAUGAAUUACAGGACUUCAUGACUAAAAGGACCUUCGAAACACCAGCUACUGAUGCCUUGUUUAUGAAUGCUUUUAUUGCUCAAAAGUUAGAACAAGUACUUCACUUUGAACGUGAUCAACAAAUUGCAAAAGCUGGUGGAGAAAUUCCAAAUCCAUUCCAAACGAUGAUUUCACAAGUAAAAAGCGAUGAAGAUGAACAUUUUUUGGAGGAAAAUAAGAUUAAAAGUGGAGAAUUAGAAGAUCAAAGUGAUUUCAAUCAACACCCUUACUCAACAAGUUCGUCUUCCUCGGAAGAGAAAGAGCAAAAAAAUCACAAAGCUAUCUAUAUACGCAAUCGUGAUGAAUCCCCUAAUACGAAAAAGGAACGGAAACGAUUGGUAAAAGAAGAGAAACGCGCCAAUCGAUUAACGAAGACACCGAAGCAUAUCAAAAAGCGUCAUAAUAAGGCCAAUAAGUGUCGAUAA